AUCUGCUCUGACUCCCCAGGGACGUGUCUGUGCUCCUGUGUGUGACCAGGGUUGACUACACUCCUGCCAGCAUGUCUUGCCAGCAAAACCAGCAGCAGUGCCAGCCCCCUCCCAAGUGUCCUCCCAAGUGUACCCCAAAAUGUCCACCUAAGUGUCCCCCCAAAUGCCCACCCCAGUGCCCAGCUCCAUGUUCCCCUGCAGUCUCUUCCUGCUGUGGUCCCAGCUCUGGGGGCUGCUGUGGUCCCAGCUCUGGGGGUUGCUGCAGUUCUGGGAGUGGUGGCUGCUGCCUGAGCCACCACAGGCCCCGACUCUUCCACCGGCGUCGGCACCAGAGCCCAGAUUGCUGUGAGAGUGAACCUUCUGGGGGCUCUGGCUGCUGCCACAGCUCUGGGGGCUGCUGCUGACCUGGUCUUCAGAGGAGCUCUUGGGACUGAAUGGUCAAGAACCUGCUGCAGCCUGAUGGAUACGCUUUCUCCUUCCUCUCAUCCUAUUCAUUGGUGUACAGAGACCACAAAGACUCAUGGGGCUUCCCUGGAAGAACUUCGUGCUUGAUGGAGCACCCGGAUUGCAGUCUUCUUUUCCUCCUUUACCUCAUGUUAUAAUAAAGCUCUGAUUUCUGACUCACUAAAUGUCUCGGUCAUUCUAUUUUCUUCUGAGAUUUGUAAUGUCCUCCAAA